AUGCGCGCCCUCUCUCGCCCCGCAACGACGUCCUCGCUCACCCAAGCAAUCACCGCACGCCGAAGCUUCCAGACUAGCCAAAUACUACGCGCAGAUGCUGUAAUUGCACCGAAAAAACCCAUUGGAGCUUUCCGGGGAUCGCUCUUUGGGUUCCUCCUUGGUACGGUCGGAGCAGGUGGCGCGCUCUACUACUAUGUCGUGGACCAGUACAAAGUCUCGAAUGAAAUGCUGACUGAGGAUAUAUACGCACUGCAAUCGGCUGUGCAGCGACUGGAGGGAUAUGUGAAGAACUUGGAGACUCAGAUACCGAAGAAGAAGUGA